UUUGGUCUAGUCUGGCUGUGGUGAGCCGGUCCCAUUCAGGAAUAUUUUUUGGGGGGGAAAGAAAAGAAUUUGACUAUUAUUAAGUUUGAUUGUACUGUGUCUGAUACUUUUGGGAAAUUUCUACUUUCCAUCGAAAAGACAUGGCUUCUUCCGAUGUUGCGCUGCAACCGGAUAAGGGACUCCGGCCUCUCUCUCUGGCAGGCCACGUUGGUUUUGACAGCCUCCCAGACCAGUUGGUCAACAAGUCCACCGACCAGGGAUUCUGCUUCAACAUCCUCUGCAUCGGUGAAACUGGAAUUGGCAAGUCCACCCUGAUGGACACUCUGUUCAGCACCAACUUUGAAAACUUUGAGUCGUCUCACUUUGAACCUGAGGUGCAGCUGCGGGCUCAAACCUACGACUUGCAGGAGAGUAACGUGCGACUGCGCCUCACCGUGGUUAACACGGUGGGAUUCGGAGACCAAAUGAACAAACAGGAGAGCUAUCAGCCGGUGGUGGACUAUAUCGACAAGCAGUUUGAGAGUUACCUGCAGGAGGAACUCAAAAUCAGGCGCUCCCUUUUCAACUACCACGACUCGCGGGUCCACGCCUGUCUGUAUUUCAUCUCCCCCUCGGGCCACUCCCUCAAGUCCCUGGACCUGGUUACCAUGAAGAAACUGGACAGCAAGGUGAACAUCAUCCCCGUCAUCGCCAAAGCGGACACGAUCAGUAAGAGCGAGCUGCACAAGUUCAAGAUCAAAAUCAUGAGCGAGUUGGUGAGCAACGGCGUUCAGAUCUACCAGUUCCCCUUGGACGACGAGGCCGUCGCCAAGGUCAACACGGCCAUGAACGGCCAUCUGCCUUUUGCCGUGGUGGGCAGCACGGAAGAAGUGGCCGUGGCCAACAAGAUGGUGAAGGCUCGUCAGUACCCCUGGGGGGUCGUCCAAGUGGAGAACGAGAGCCACUGCGACUUUGUGAAGCUUCGGGAGAUGCUGAUCUGCGUCAACAUGGAGGACCUGAGGGAGCAGACGCACACGCGCCACUACGAGCUGUACCGACGCUGCAAGCUGGAGGAGAUGGGCUUCAAGGACACCGACCCCGAGUGCAAGCCCGUCAGUCUGCAGCAGACCUACGAAGCCAAGCGUCAGGAGUUCCUGGUGGAGCUGCAGAGGAGAGAGGACGAGAUGAGGCAGAUGUUUGUGCAGAGGGUCAAGGAGAAGGAGGCGGAGCUUAAGGAUGCAGAGAGAGAGUUGCAAAGCCGCUUCGAGCAGCUGAAGCGCCUCCACGCCGAGGAGAAGUCGGCCCUGGAGGAGAAGCGGCGCCUCCUGGAGGAAGACCAGAGCUCCUUCGGCAAGAGGCGCGCCGCCGCUCAGCUGCUCCAGGCCCAAAGCCUCACCGCCAAUGGCAAGAAGGACAAAGAUCGCAAAAAUUCUGGCUUCAUGUGAAGAAUUGAAGAAUUGAACUCCAGUCCGACCAGCUACACCAUUUCCCAAAAGUCUUUGUGGCCAGUCUCAAACACUAACCUGAAGCCUCCCACCAUCAUUAUCAUUAUCAUCAUCAUCAUCAUCAUCUUCACCAGCAGCAACACAUUAGUGUGUUUUCAGCGCCAAAGAUAAGACAGUACGUUGUAUGUGUACACUUUUUUUUUAAAAUCUAAUGUGUGGGGUUGUCUGUUUUCUUUUUUGUAUGUAUUCUUUUAUAUCUCCAUGAUAUACCUCCUUUUCUUGCUUUUAAGCUUGUUUGGGGUCAAUAAUGGACCGAACCUCGAAUGGUUUUAAUGGUACAUUCAUGUCUUUGACAUUGUAAAAUGCGCUCACCGGCGGAGUGGCUGCAGAGAACAAAGCGGCAUUUGUCCGACCUUUGUCAUUCAUCCUUAAAAACUCAGUCCUCAUCAUCCUUUGAUCUGAACGUUAUUAUAAACCCGUCAAUAGUGUUUCAGAAAGCAAAUUUCGCCUCCAUUAGUUUUAACUUUCAACGUCUUUGUGUUUACUCAUGCAUAUUUACAUACACUAGACUAGACAGAAUGCGUCCUUUCGCUUGCUCCGCUCGUUUCUGCUGACACGCGCUUGUUUCAAUGUGCGCAACAAUGCUGAGUCAUGGGGGGUGCAGGGGGGGGCAAGACGAAGAGGCAACAAUACUGUACUUUGAUGCAUUCGUGUCUGGGGACAUAGCUCCGUGACGUGCACUUUGUAGCAUUUGAACACAACUCGGCGGUGCUGCUUUCUUAUCGCGUGACACUUUACACUUACACUUGUGUUCCACAUGUGUUACACGUGCCUUAUGUGUGUCCAGCUUACUGUAGGAAAAAAACAACAACAAAAAAGAAAUCACUCUGUUCUUGUACACGCAGUGAAACACACUAACGGCUGAUGGAGGGAACCUUUUUGUGUUUGAACUACGCUCGUAUUUAUGAAAUAAACAGUGUUACUCAG